AUGGGAUUCUUCCAAGCCGGCAGUAUGAAUGAGGAGUGCGAGAAGGCAGCGAAAAUCCUGAAAGGCUUUGCCGAGAAGAAGAAAAUUCCUCCAGAAGUUAUCAACAAUGCGAAAGGCCUGGCCAUCUUCUCCGGCUUCCGAGGUGGAAUGUAUCUCGCAGGAGCUGGCGGCUCAGGAAUUGUGAUUGCUCGUCUCGCAGAUGGCACAUGGCCACCUCCCUCCGCAAUCUCAGUUCGCUCAGGCAGCUUCGGUAUUGUCUACGGUUUUGACGUUUACGACUGCGUCUGCGUCCUCAACACACAAGCCACCGUUGAUGCAUACGCCCGUCCCGAAGUCGACAUGGGCAUGGUCGCUGCUCUUGGCGGCAGCAGCAAGAGCCAGAACGCUGCAUCGGUCUUGACGUACACCAGAUCGAGAGGUCUUUAUGGAGGCGUGACUGUGGAAGGCACCGUGAUCAAGGAAAGGGCGGAUAUCAAUGAGACGUCGUACGGGCGCGGCGCGUCCAGCACAGAGAUUCUGGAGGGGGAUGCGAAGGUGCGAGAAGAGGGUGCUGGCCUUUCCCGUCUAGGGGAAGUUCUCAAACAGGCUGCUGGGCAGACCGCAGACAGGAAGAUCGUGGAGCAGGUGGCGGAGGAAGACACACCUGGAGCUUUGGAAUGA